AUUGUUGAUGGGAGUAUUCGAUACAGCCACUUGAGUACGGUACUGUUGCUAGAUGGGAUACGAGUGGAUGAUGGAAAGUGGCACUAUUUUGAGAUCCGAUGGUAUCAGAACACCUUGGACAUGUUUCUAGACUAUGGCCAAUAUGAUCGGACAUUCAAUACAUCUACAUCUGUUGUGGGAAAGAUCAUCACAGUCAUAUACGUUGGAGCAUCAAAGAAUGGAAAUAAAUCUAUGGAGAAUUACUUCAAAGGAUGUCUUAAGGACGUUCGUGUGGGCAACAGUGCGCAAUCAUUCCUGCUUGGCCCAUCAGAGUCAAAUGUUGAGAAUGGUUGUGGUGGCUCAAAUGUGUGUGAGCCAAAUCCAUGUGGAGCUGGACAGUGUAAGGAUGAAUGGAACAGUUACAGCUGCAAAUGUCCGCCAGGCACAACUGGGCCCAAAUGCCUUGAUAUCUGCCAGAAUUACAACCCUUGUAAGAACUGGGCAGAGUGCAAGCAGCCAGAGGAUGGCCACAAGUCCUACUACUGUGAGUGUGGAGUGAGACAGAGUGGUCAGUACUGUGAGAACCAGGCACCUUUGACCUGCCCUGUAGCCUGGUGGGGCAAGCCAGUCUGUGGUCCUUGUAACUGUGCUCAGAAUAAGAGAUUUGAAGAGUCAUGCAACAAGGAUAAUGGUUCUUGCACAUGCCGAGCACUGCAUUAUUUGCCGCCUGGUGGUGACACCUGCUACCCCUGUGAUUGCUACAAACUGGGCUCUAAAGACAUGGCUUGCCACCCCACUACGGGUCAGUGUAAGUGCUACGAUGGAGUUAUAGGCCGACGAUGUGAUCAGUGUGACAGCAUUUUCGCUGCUGUUACCAACACACAGAAGAAGCUCAACGAUACAGCUUACGUGGAAGUGGUUACCUGCCUUGUCUCCUAUGAUGGGUGCCCAAGAAACCAUGCUGAUGGAAUAUGGUGGGACCAGAUUGCUUUUGGUCUGGAAGCCAAACAGGACUGUCCAACAGGCGCUACUGGAACUGCUAAAAGAAAAUGUACACAGAAAAACAGCUGGUUACAAUCUGAUCUGUUUGGAUGCACAAGUGACAGUUUCCUUAAAUAUGAAAGCCAGCUAAAGGACUUUGAAGCUGGUGUCAUAAGUCCAUACAUAGCCGACUACACAAUCACACUGCUGAAGAAUGUAUCCUAUACAACCAGCCCUAUCUAUGGCGGGGACAUCAUGAUGGUGUACAGGUUCACCAACGUUACACUGAACUACGAGAUCUCUCAGACUGGGCUGGGCAUGAUUAGCCAACAGUAUCGGGACUUUGUUCAGAAACUGUUGGUAGUUUUAAGCAAUGUAACGGAUGAAAAAUACACAGAUUACUGGCAGCAAGCGGGCAAACUAACAGGUGGAGCCACACAUCUCAUGAACUUAUUUGAAAAAUUCAUCACCAAGAUUGUGCAGCUUCUGCCUCAGGCACAGUCCGGGACAUUUGAAGCUGUUUCUGAUGACAUGGUUUUGGGAGCAGACUGGAUCAACAUUUACAACUUUACUGGAGCAACUAUUCCAAAGUAUGACAACAAUGUCAAGAAAGGAUCUGUAGACAAAGAGGCGGCUGUGACAUUCCCACCAUCGCUGUUUCACCAACCUACUGCUGGUACUCAAAAUAAUCCAGAUUUGACCAGGGCAUAUUUCAGUUACGUGGUCUACAGAGAUUUCGGCAAGCAUGUUUCUAUGAACACAGAUUCCACUAUCAGACGCACGAGUCGUCCAAUGACUGUAAACAGCGCCAUCUUUUCAGUGGUGGUCUCUGACAAUGACAGCAUUAUCGAAGGAUUUAUCCGAGAGCCAAUAACCUUGACUUUGAGGCUACAGCUGCCAAACAACAGGACCAAUAUGUAUUGUGCUAGGUGGAUUCCUAAUCCAACCAAUGACAAGACGGGUACAUGGACGACCUCUGGCUGCAGGAUAAAGGAUACUGUUUGCAGAGUGAGCAUCAAGUCCGACCACUGUGAGGAGUACUACGUGACUUGUGAAUGCAGCCAUAUGUCAACUUACGCUGUCAUCAUUGAUGUGGCAGAUGGAACCACACUGCUGCCCCCUAUCAUUGAUAUGGAAACAGUUACGUAUGUCCUGACAGCCAUGUCACUGUUUUUGAUGCUGCUGUCGUUCUUCGUGCUCUUCACAUUCAGGAGAUUGCAGUGUAACUGGAACAGCAUUCACAUAAACCUUAUCUUCACCAUCUUCCUUGUGGAUCUGGCUUAUGUGAUUGGAAUUAAUAAAACUUCACCAGAGCUUUUCUGUCGACUGAUUGCCAUAUCGCUGCAUUACUUCUAUAUGGCUUGUUUUGCCUGGAUGUUUGUGGAGAUGCUGCACAUUUAUCGAAUGCUUACAGAGAAGCAGACAAUCAACUAUGGGGCCAUGAAGUUCUACUAUCUCCUGGGUUAUGUUAUACCUGGCAUAAUAGUUGGUCUUGCAGUGGGAUUAUAUACCAGCGCCUAUGGAAAUGCCAGCUUUUGCUGGCUGUCAACAUCAGAAUCUUUUAUAUGGAGCUUCGCUGGACCAGUAGCAUUGAUUAUUGUGAUAAACAUAUUCACUUUUCUAUUGGCUGCAAAAACUAGUUGUGCAGAAAAGAUCCCUGUUGCAGAUGUCAGCACAGUCAGGUUUGGACUUGUAGCUGCCAUUUUCCUGUUGUCUCUUCUGAGUGCCACCUGGGUGAUAGGCCUUCUGUCUGUCAACUUUGGAAUUUUGGCCCUACAUUAUAUUCAUGCUGUGUUAAUAUUCAUAGAGGGCAUCUUCAUAUUUUCAGUGUACAUUGUUUUUAACAAAAAGGUUCGUUGGUGCAUCAAGAGAUGCUACUACAGACUGAGAGGAAAGAAGGUAGAAUUUGAUGAAAACAAAGCAGGGAUUAGGAGCUCAUUCCAUUCGCGUUCAGCUCUUGCAUAUCACCAUGACUCUGCAAGUGAGAGAGGAGGAGUAAGGGUCCACAGUGUUGGAAUCUCCACUACCUCAACCACAUCCGAGUCAAGUAAAAACAGUUGUCCAGGCAAAGGGGACAAGUACCUGCAGAGCACAAGUAGUUCCACGUCUACCGGCCCAGCCCGCAAUAUACCUUAUGGUUUUGAAUCACCAUUUCAAGAAAAUAUUAAAGAAGAACCUGGUGGACUGGAUAAGGAUGGAAAUGAUUCUGAUUCUGAUAGUGAUGCCAGCAUAGACAGACAUAGCCUGGAACUGGCUUCAAGUCAUUCCUCAGAUGAUGAUGAUGAUGACUUCGAUAUGGGUCAGAGAUGGGAAAGUCAAGUUCCAAAAAGCAAAGCUGUUGAGCUGGCAAUGGAACAGCUUGAAAAGAUGAAAAAGGAAAAAGAAAGAGAACGCCUUGGCAAUCAUGGUCAAGCAUCAGAAAGAGACCACAGUCCCGAUCUGAGAAUAAAAGGACUUCAGUCUCAUAUAAUUAUAAACCCACCAGAUGUUACUCUGUCUGCAUUACACCAACCCAGUCGGACAGUUGUACCCCCUCCAAGGUCAGAUAGCCUUCCAUUCAAUCCCAGCAACACAAGACAGCCUGCAAACACAGUGCAAGUGUUGACUCACAACGGCAGCAUUUCAUCAGACUCGGAUAAAAGCAUAGAAGUGAACAUCCACCGCAGGAAAUAA